UACACGUUUUUCCAAGAAUUAAAAGCAACCAUAAUCCUCCAUUUUGACUUUUUUUUAGGUUUCAUUGCUUCUGACAUGACAUCAAGGAAUUCUAGCACCCAGCUUUGGCUCAUCACACAUUAUCAUGAGAACGGUUCACUCUAUGACUAUUUACAGCGAAAUGCAGUGGACACUGUAGUUUGCUUGAAUUUUGCUUUAUCUAUAGCCAAUGGUCUGGUGCACAUCCACAAUGAAAUUUUUGGAACUGAAGGAAAGCCUGCAAUUGCUCACAGAGACCUGAAAAGCAAAAAUAUCUUAGUAAAAAAGAACCUGCACUGUUGCAUCGCUGAUCUCGGGUUAGCAGUGAUGCACUCUCAAACCAACAAUCAAUUAGAUGUUGGGAAUAAUCCUAAAGUGGGUACCAAACGGUAUAUGGCUCCAGAAGUACUUGAAGAAUCUAUUCAAGUUGACUGUUUCGAUGCAUACAAACGUGUGGACAUCUGGGCAUUUGGACUUGUAUUGUGGGAAGUGACUAGGAGGACAUUCAGUAAUGGUAUCGCUGAAGAGUAUAAACCUCCAUUCUAUGAUCUGGUACCGAAUGACCCUAGUUUUGAAGAUAUGCGAAAAAUUGUAUGUGUGGAACAGCAAAGACCAAAUAUUCCGAACAGAUGGUUCUCGGAUCCUGUGAGUUUGAUACA